AAUUAAAAGCAAUAUUUUGAAAUUGGAAAAAAUAUGAUCUUUAGUGAAGAUUAUUAAUGUAUUUAUAGUAAAAAAGAAAAAAGAAAAAUGAGGAGGGAUCACGUGCAAAAGCAGAUGCUUUGUGCUAGGUAGUAUAAAAAAGUGUCCCGCAAAGUAAUUAUAAAACUUAAUUUGAUCAUCCUUGUUUAGUUGGGUAGGCGGUGAAGAUGGAGGGAGCAGGCAGCGUGAAGGUGAAGCCCCAGCAGCAGCAGCACAGCUACCGGCUCCCUAAUUUCCUCCAGAGCGUGAAGCUGAAAUACGUGAAGCUGGGGUACCACUACCUCACAUCCCACCUCCUGACCCUCUGCAUCGCGCCAUUGAUGAUCCCCGUCCUCCUCCAAGCAAUGCAGAUGAGCUCCGACGACCUCCGCCAGCUGUGGCUCCACCUCCAGUUCCACCUGGUCUCCGUCAUCUCCGUCUCCAUGCUGGCCGCCUUCGGAUCCACCUUCUACUUCCUCACCCGCCCCCGCCCGGUCUUCCUGGUGGACUACUCCUGCUACCGCCCCCGCGACGACCAGAGCCUCCCCAUACACGACUUCGUGGAGCGCCUCCGCCUGGCCGGCAGCUACGACGACGCCUCCGUCGAGUUCCAGCGGAAGAUCCUCGAGAAAUCCGGGCUGGGCGACCGCACGCACCUCCCGGAGGCCAUCCUGAUGAUCCCCCCGACUCCCACCAUGCGGGCCGCCAGGGAGGAGACCGAGCACGCCAUCCUGGCCGCGCUCGACAACUUGUUCGCCAACACCAGGGUCAACCCCAAGGACAUCGGCGUCCUCGUCGUCAACUCCAGCCUCUUCAACCCCACGCCCUCUCUCUCCGCCGUCAUCGUCAACCGCUACAAGCUCAGGGGCAACAUCAGGAGCUUCAAUCUGGGCGGGAUGGGGUGCAGCGCGGGCGUCAUCGCCAUCGAUCUGGCCAAGGACAUGCUGCAGCUCCACCGCAGCACCUACGCCGUGGUGGUGAGCACCGAGAACAUCACGCAGAACUCGUACCACGGCGUGAAGAAAUCGAUGCUGAUCGCCAACUGCCUCUUCCGCGUGGGCGGCGCCGCCAUCCUGCUGUCCAACAAGGGGGCCGACAGGAGGAGAUCCAAGUACGAGCUGGUGCACGUGGUGAGGACGCACAAGGGCGCGGACGACAAGGCGUUCCGGUGCGUGUACCAGGAGGAGGACGAGGAGGGCAAAACGGGGAUUUCGCUGUCCAAGGAUCUGAUGGCCAUCGCGGGCGGGGCCCUGAAGACCAACAUCACGACGCUGGGCCCGCUGGUGCUGCCCAUCAGCGAGCAGCUGCUCUUCUUCGCGACGCUGGUGAUGAAGAAGGUGUUGAGGAAGAAGGUGAAGCCAUACAUCCCCGAUUUCAAGCUGGCCUUCGAGCACUUCUGCAUCCACGCGGGGGGGAGGGCCGUCAUCGAUGAGCUCGAGGCCAACCUGCAGCUGCUACCCGUCGACGUCGAGGCCUCCAGGAUGACGCUCCACAGGUUCGGGAACACGUCGUCCAGCUCCAUCUGGUACGAGCUCGCCUACGUCGAGGCCAAGGGCCGCAUGCGCAAGGGCCAUCGGGUCUGGCAGAUUGCCUUUGGGAGUGGCUUUAAGUGCAACAGCGCCGUCUGGGUCGCGCUCAAGAAUGUUCAACCGGCUAACAAUGGGCCUUGGGAGGAUUGCAUACAUAAGUAUCCCAUUCAACUCCUCUAGCUCUCUACCUCAUUCAUUAUUAUUAAUGUUUGCUUGCUUGCUUCAUUAAUUACUGCUACUACUGUUUCAUUACUGCAUUAAUUUCAUGUUGUUAAAUUAAUUAAUUAGACCCUUUUUGUUGUGUUUUUAAUUUGUAAUGUUAUAUACUAAUGAAAUAGUUAAUUAAUUAA